GUACCGCCCAGGACUCCCAUGAGCCCCUGCGCGCGGCGGCCCCUCCCUCUCUCGGCGGGCCGUGCCGUGCCGGCGCCAUCGCCUAGCAGCCGCCAUGCCUGCCCUCCGGCCUCUCGUGAAGCCUAAGAUCGUUAAGAAGAGGACCAAGAAGUUCAUCCGCCAUCAGUCUGAUCGCUAUGUCAAGAUCAAGCGCAACUGGCGGAAACCGAGAGGUAUCGAUAACAGAGUUCGCAGGAGGUUCAAGGGCCAGAUCCUGAUGCCUAACAUUGGUUAUGGGAGCAACAAGAAGACAAAGCAUAUGCUGCCCACGGGAUUCAGGAAGUUUCUGGUCCACAAUGUCAAAGAGCUGGAGGUGCUCAUGAUGAGCAACAAGUCAUACUGUGCAGAGAUUGCUCACAACGUGUCUUCCAAGAACCGGAAGGUCAUUGUGGAGAGAGCGGCUCAGCUCGCCAUCAAGAUCACCAAUCCAAAUGCCAGACUGCGCAGUGAGGAAAAUGAAUAAGCUGGCUUCCACAUCUGGGAUGUAUUUAAUAAAGUGUAAAAACAAACUGA